CUCAAAAUUCUAAAAGGUCCAUAAGAGUGCUAAAGACAUGGGCCUGAAAUCUAAUGAACUAGCUGGUCCACAGAGAAACGCAAGAGAGUAGCUCAUUGAGUCAUUGGUGAGUCUGGCGAGGUUUUUUACAAUGGGUUUAGAGAUCAAGUUGUACAUCACAAGAGUGCUGAGGCGCGAAAAGCAGGGAACAUGGCAGCUUCCAUGGCGGGAAGAGCAACACCUACGCUUCUGUGUGCAGCAUGGAGAACACCAUCGACGAAUCCGGUAAUAGCUAGAGCCACACCAACGAAAAGAAUCUCCGUCUCCCUCCCGACGCCUUCUUUGUCUCCGAAUCUAACGAUUCGUCAGUCUCGAAUCUCUGCUUCUCCUUCGAGGUGCUUCCUAUUCCACUUUCUUUUUCCCUCUCAGAUUCGUAUUAUCUUUGUGCAAUCUAAUGUUUGAUUGGAUGAGAAGGUUGGUGCUACGAGAAUUAAGCAUAUUCUAGCCGGUUCAUUCUGCGAUUGCAUCCGCUUGCCUUGUCUCUAAGCUUCCUACGAAAUUCACCCCCUCGACUGAAGGUAGAUUUGCUAACUAUGUCAGUCCCAUCUAGUAUUGACUGUUUGCAGAGAUGGAGAGUUUUCUUCUCUUGUUCUUCUGAAAUUCACCUGGCUUGCACUGUGAUGCGGAGGAAAAUUUAAGUCUCACUAAUAAUAUCUUUGAUUUAAUUGAGGUUUUAAAUUAUGAUGAAAUGGAGCUGAGGAUGCCAGGUUUUGAGGUGAGAGAAUGUGAGACAGAGAGCCCAUUCCAUUUUAUAUAUAUGUAAAUGGCUCUGUCAGGAAGCUGGAUUUCUUUUCCUCAAGUGCUUUCCUUAUAAUGAAUUUCAACUUUAGAAGAUUGUUUAGGAGGAGAAACAGUACAGAAGCCCUCAUUUUCUUUUCUUCUUAUUAGGACAAAGAAAUAAAGAGGAAGAACACCAGUUCCCCUGAUCUCUCUCUCCCCCCCCACCCUCUCUCUCUCUCUCUCUUUCUUCCUAGGGAAAAAAAACCCAUCUUUGAAUUUGAUGUCCUGAGAUUGUACAAUGAGGGGCAUAGCUUCUUGUUUGAGUGAAAAUGCCAUAAAUGUGUCUCAUUCUUCUUGUUCUAGCUAUCCCAACCAUGCUUGUGUCUCUCCAAGCCUAACCCCAUCUGUUCAAAAUGCAGUCACUUGUAUCUACAAAGUCAUUCUCUCCAAUCAAAAGCAACUCCUGAUCCAAGUCACGUGGUGCAAGAACCAAACCACUCAAGGCCUCACCAUAAACUUCAACAAUAACACUUCAACAUCUUUCAGGCUCAAUACAAAUUCAAGGCUAUUCAGGAAGAAGAAAGGCAACAAAAUGAUCGAAGCCGAUACUUCUUCGAAGAUCGAAGUCUUCUGGGAUCUCUCCAAUGCUAAAUAUGACACGGGACCUGAACCUGUUGAUGGGUUUUAUGUACUCAUCAUGGUUGAUUCAGACAUAGGCCUUAUUUUGGGUGAUCUCGGUGAAGAAGCCACGACUAAGAAGUUCAAAACCAGCAAUCCAGCACCCAAAGUGACUCUAAUUUCAAGGCAGGAGCAUUGUUCAGGCAACGCUUUAUAUGCAACCAAGGCUCAGUUCUGUGACACUGGAAUUCCACAUGACAUUUUGAUUAGAUGUAGUGGAGAAAAUGAGGACCUAAAGCACCCAGUUAUGUCUGUUUGUAUCGAUAAAAAGACGGUGAUUCGCGUUAAGAGGCUGCAGUGGAAUUUCAGGGGAAACCAGACAAUCUUUAUUGAUGGGUUGCUGGUUGAUCUAAUGUGGGAUUUACAUGACUGGUUCUUCAAUCCUGUUUCAGGAUCAUUUGCUGUGUUCAUGUUCAGGACAAGAAGUGGAUCGGAUAGCAGGCUUUGGUUGGAGGAGAAGUUGGUGCAGAGAGACCAAGAGAAAGCUGAAUUCUCCUUGUUGAUUUAUGCCUGAUCAACUCCUCAAAGAAAGCAUUGUAGAUGAAGCUCUACAUACAUAAACCAAGCUUGUAAUGUAAACAAUGAGGAUAGUUGGGACCAUAGGACUUCAUUGAUAUAGUCAAAGCUUGUGACUAAGGGUGCAGGAGAGCAUAUAUAUAAUUCAAGACACAAGAUCUUUGUGAACUUUUAUGUGAAACUCACUGAGGCUUGCUUGAUAUUGGGACAAUGGUUGGACCACCUCUCAUGUCCUUUGGGAUCGUCAUUUCCAUUAUUUGCCCCACAAAGAGCCAAAACCUUUUGUAUUUGACUGGCUAGAAGGGAUCCAGUGUUCAAGUUUUGGACAUCAUGCACUAUCAUUCAUCAGGUAAGAA